UCGCCCUCCUCAGCACGCCCACGCGUGACCCGGCAGGUAUAAGAAGUUCGGAGAGGGUGCGGGGGUUCACAUCAAGUGCCAGUGAGCGGACUCUAUACCCCCCACCCAUCCACCAACCGCGACCCCACCUCCAACAUGAGCAGCAGUUAAGGCGGCUGGCUGCAGGGCUACUUCCGGUGGGGAGCAUGGAGCUAUCGGACAUGUCGUUCAAUCUGGCGGGCGCGGGCUGUCCGGGCGACGACUUCUACGACGACCCGUGCUUCGACACGAGCGACAUGCGCUUCUUCGAGGACCUGGACCCCCACCUGGACCCCCGCCUGGUGCACGCGGCGGGCCUGCUGCAGGCCUGCAAGCCGGACGACUCGUCGUCGUCGUCGUCGUCGUCGUCCGGGUCUUCGCCGCAGCGCGUGCAUUCCCGCGGGCAGCACGCGCGCGGUGCUGCGGGUGAGGACGACGAGCACGAGCACGUGCGCGCGCCCAGCGGCCACCACGCGGCGGGCCGCUGCCUGCUGUGGGCGUGCAAGGCGUGCAAGCGCAAGACCACCAACGCCGACCGGCGCAAGGCCGCCACGCUGCGCGAGCGCCGCCGCCUGGGGAAAGUCAACGACGCCUUCGAGACGCUCAAGCGGUGCACGUCGGCCAACCCCAACCAGCGGCUGCCCAAGGUCGAGAUCCUGCGCAACGCCAUCGGAUACAUCGAGGCGCUGCAGGCGCUGCUGCGCGCCGGGGCCGCCGCCGCCGCCGCCCCUUCUGCCGGCGACGCCUGCUACCCGCUGGUGGAGCGCUACGCCGCCGACUCGGACGCCUCCAGCCCCCGCUCCAACUGCUCCGACGGCAUGGCGGACUUCAACGGGCCGAGCUACCCUUCGUCCAAGCGAGCCACUUUUGACGCCAGCAACUUUUUCAAUGACGACAACGGCAACGGUAAGAGACCGUGACGUCAGCGGCCUCCAAAUUAUUGUCCCACU